GUUCAUAGAUGCAAUUAACAAAAAAAUGCCAUGGUCGCAGUUAUAUUGCCCUAAACGUAUAUAUAGUAGAAGUUUAUUUUAUUGUAUGGUACAGUAUGUUAAAAGAAUGAUUGGAAUUAAAUCAUUGUACAUCUUGGGAAGUCUGUCCUUAGUGCUAACAUCGUUAAUGGUAAUGUACACGACAUUUCCUGAUGUGCAGUUGACGCAACUUUUUCACAAUAAAAGGCAAGAGUUUCAACGGGAUUAUUCUAAAAACAGUAAUUCGACAACUUGUCUUAUUUUGGUGUGGACCUUAUGGUGCACGCAUACCUAUCGCCAUGUUGGAUACGUCUUUGGGAAUUGCUCGGAGAGUCGUUGUGAAAUGACAGUAGAUAAGACGCGUAUAAAUGACGCAGCUGCUGUAAUAUUUUGGGGACAGAGCGAGGAAUUUGUUUCAGGAGAUAUCCCAGCUUACCAUGCUCCUUCCCAAAUAUGGGUGUUCGUUACACGUGAGGCCGUUCUUAGGGGUUACUUUCAGAAAAUGAAUUUUGCGAAAACGAGAUUUGCCAUUAACCGUACCAUGACCUACAAGCUAGAUUCCGAUAUACCCUGGCCCUAUGGUUACAUGACAUCCCAGCCAGGUCAAAUGCAUGAAUUAAAAAGAAAACCACGCAUCGCAACUUGGCUGGUGAGCCACUGUGAUGCGCAAUCAAUGCGAAUGUCUUACGUUAAAGAUUUACAAAGAUAUGUCUCCGUGGACAUCUACGGAAGAUGUGGUAACCAUUCAAUAUGUAGUAGAGAUACUAAAAAAGAUAGAGACGGCUGUAUGAAGUAUUUAAGCGAUAGCUACAUGUUUUACAUAGCAUUUGAAAAUUCUGAUUGCAAAGAUUAUAUCACAGAAAAAGUCUGGACUAAUGCGUUAUUACAUAAGAUGAUACCUGUCGUUAGAGGCAGAAUGACGAACUUCAGUGCACAUCUUCCCCCGGGUUCAUUUAUCCAUGCAGAUGAAUUUGCGACCCCUGAACUCUUAGGACGGUACCUUAUGAAAGUUCAUUCAAACCCUACAUUAUAUUCUAAAUAUCACGCUUGGCGUAAAACUAUGUCAAUUCAGGCUGCUGGCCAGACUUUCUUCAAAUGUGCCUUAUGUGAAGCGAUACACAGGUUCAGGGCCAGUCAAGAGAAAAAGACUGUUGACCUGUUGGAAUUCCUAGAUGACCGGAACCAAUGCUUCAAAUACAGAAGUGAUCUAGAAGAAAAGUUCUUCAAAACUGUUUAAUCAAAAUUUUUCAUAAUUGCUUAAUAUUUUGCUUUAACAUAUUACCAGUUAAAUAACAUAUACAUAAAUACUUUCACUAAUAUACUUAUGUUACUU